AUACGGUCAUGUGACGAGAACCAUCAUUAAGCCAUUUGGGACAUGCUGACUCACCCAUCUCCCAUCUAUCUCCUCCACGCUGGACAUUGUUUUACUUGCUUCCCAUCCACACUUGAUAUCCCAUAGAUUCAGAAAUGGCUUCCCUUCGCCGGCUCCAGUCUCUUGCGUCCACCCUACACGGUCCCGCGGGACGCUCCAUGUCGACAUCGGCUGGCAAGUCCAAACUUACCAUUGGUCUUAUUCCGGCUGACGGUAUUGGAAAGGAAGUCAUUCCGGCUGCUCAACAAGUCCUCGAAGCCGUUUCUCCCAACAAGUUUGCUUUCCUCCACCUCGAUGCUGGCUUCGAACUCUUCCAAAAGACUGGAGUCGCCCUUCCGGAGGAGACUGUGGAAAAGCUAAAGUCUGAAUGCGCGGGAGCACUGUUUGGUGCUGUAAGCUCGCCUUCGCACAAAGUAGCUGGAUACUCUUCUCCUAUCGUUGCAUUGAGAAAACGUAUGGAUCUCUAUGCCAACGUUCGACCAGUGGCUAGCCCUGUUGGAGCCGCCGGAAAGCCGAUUGAUAUGCUCAUUAUCCGUGAAAACACAGAGUGUCUGUAUAUCAAAAGUGAGCGCUUGGAAACACUUCCUGAUGGAACAAAGGUUGCAUGGGCGGAUCGUAAGAUCACUGAAUACGCAUCCAAGAGAAUCGCACGGAUGGCGUUCAAGAUGGCCCUGCAACGAGGGAAAUUGCGCGAGGCUAAGAGACAACAGGGUGGAUCUGUCGCGUGGCAGGGUCAACCCAAGGUCACUGUUGUCCACAAGUCUAACGUUUUGAGUGUUUCGGAUGGUCUGUUCCGGGAGUCGUGUCUGGCUGUCCACAAGGAAGAUCCAUCGUUCGCCGGAGUAAAGCUGGAAGAGCAGCUCGUAGACUCGAUGGUCUACCGCAUGUUCCGCGAGCCUGAUGUUUUUGAUGUUGCGGUAGCGCCCAACUUGUACGGAGACAUUAUUAGUGAUGGUGCUGCCGCCUUGGUCGGAAGUUUGGGUGUUGUAGCUGGCGCCAAUGUUGGUGACAAUUUUGUUCUCGGAGAGCCAGUACACGGCUCUGCGCCAGACAUUGCGGGCAAGGGUAUUGCUAACCCGAUUGCCGCAAUCCGCUCCGCUGCCUUGCUUCUGGAGCACCUUGGACUUGCUUCCGAGGCAUCCCGCAUUCACUCGGCAGUAGAUAAGGUGUUGAACGAACAAGCACAGGCCAUGACCCCUGACCUUGGUGGACGAGGAACAACCAAGGGCGUUACGGACGCAGUGAUCAAACUGUUGUAAAUAUCCUACAUCUAGAUAGCCCGCAAUGGGCUUCAACUCUUAUCUAUACUACAUAGUUUCUGUAUCUGCUAUUCAACGUUUUCAUAACUUGGGAAGAGCAACCUGACUCCUGCCAAUCACUUCCUCAACUGCCCAUCUUAUCGCCGCUGCAAGGGCGAGAACUUGUUGACGCG